UCAAAUAAUUUACAGCUGAUAAUCGGGUGAAAAUUUGUCCAUGUAAUAUUUUGUUCUGAAUAAUCAGAAGAGCAGAAAACAUUGAUUCUAAUGUCCAUCAAUCAACCACAACCUCUGUCACAAUCAAGUGAGAAUUUCAAUCCACCAGAUCGGAAUCGACCAGUAAAUCAAUGGAAUGGUGAAAAAUGUCGUAAACCUCUCAUCGAUUUAUCGAAUACCACAUACACACGAGUGCAAACACAAAGUUUUAUGAAUAAAUUUGAUAAAUCUCUCACGAAAAAAUUAAAAACAUGUACCACAUCAUCAUCCUCACACUCGCCAUCACCAUCAUCACGUGCAAAUACCGAUCCAGUGAAUAUAACACGACGUAAUGAACGAGAAAGAAAUCGUGUGAAAUUAUUAAACAUGGGAUUCGAUCGUCUACGAGCUGUGGUCCCAUGUCGUUCAGGUGAACAAUUGAGUAAAAUUUCAACUUUGAAAAAGGCGAUCUGGUAUAUUGAACAUUUAGAUAAAGUAUUACAUGGACAAGAGAAUUCAUGUUCAAAUUUCAUUCAACAAUCACUAACACCAUCAUCAUCAUCAUCAUCAUCAUCAUCCUGUUCAAGGAAUCCAUCAAUCAGUCACGUGAAUGAAAUGAAAACAUGUACCAGUCAUAAGCGGAAACAACCCAUCGGAAUGACCAAAUCAGCUGAAUUAUUUGAAAACAAUCAGAAGGAAGCGAAAUCAGGGACCUCCUGGUCAUCUUUCGAGCAAUUUAUGUCACCACACAAGAACAUAUCUAUGCUCGAAAGAGGAUCAGUAAAUCAGUUCUACUCGGCACCGAUAUUUCCGACUUAUUGGGAUACCAAUAUCAAUACUUUCAGUUAUGAGGAUAGGAAAGCUGAUGAUGGUGAUGGGAAGGAACACACAUCGGCAUCAUUUGUGCAUUCAACUCCACAGAACAGACGAGUUGAUAAGAAGAACUUCUGUCCCAAUUCAAAUUCGCCAUCAUCAUCAUCAUCAUGCUUAUUAUCGCCUGUAGUGUUGAAUGAUUCCGGUUAUCAUAGUUAUCAAUCACAAUAUGAAUCAUUAUUAAUGUCGUCUGCAACACCAACUCAUUCGACAUUAUCCACAUGGAAUAAUCCUAAUCAUAAUGCAGGUGCGUGUAUGCUGCCACCAACUCAAAAAUAG